UCUAGUGGAUAAUGAAAAGAGGAAAGACUGCGAGCGCUCGUUUUCCUCAGGAAGGUGGUGAGACGGUUUCCCAUGAUGCGCUUGUUUAGCCCAUGGAAUGCUGGGAAAAAGCGUUUACUCUCUGAACGUAGUGGGGAGGAGACGCCGAUCUGUGAGAGGAGUGGCGCGCAGUGACGCAGGAGACAGUGACACGCCCUUCACACGCCCUGCUAACAGCUGAAGGGAGGAGCCACCGGACUGUUACAUUUUCUAGGAGGGAAUUUCCGUCGUGACAGGGAACGAGAUGAAGAGAAUGAGGCCUAAACUGCUCGGGCCCGGGGCCCCUACUCUGCUCUUCUGCUUCUUCUUCGCUAUUGGUUUGUGCAGCGGUCGGCAGGUGAGGGUCCCCUCGGGGCCCUUAUACAGAGUGGAGGGAACGUCGGUGUCCAUCCCAUGUAAUGUGAGUGAGUAUGAGGGCCCCAGCCUGCAGAACUUUGAGUGGUUUAUGUACCGGCCAGCAGCACCUGAUCAUUCCAUCGCCAUCGUCAGCACCAAGGACAGCAAGUUUGCGUAUGCGGUGUAUGCUGCACGGGUGCAGAGCGGGGAGAUCUACAUUCACCGAGUGGAUGGGGACCACGUGGAGCUUCGUAUUAAGCGACUGAGAGAGGAGGACGCCGGGGUCUAUGAAUGCUACACCCCCACCACUGACGCCAAGUACCUUGGCUCCUACAGCGACAAAGUACUUCUCAAAGUGCUCCCAGAUACGCUGCAAGUCUCAGACAAAUCCGCCCUCAGGGGGCGCCUUGCGCCGGCCACCCCUUUGCAGUUGACAUUAACAGAGGGAACUGAUUUGUACGUAACCUGCACAGCUGUCAGCGACUCCCAACAACACACUCACCUCUCUGUCUCUUUUGGCCUCACAAAACCGGGGGCCCCUGUGGGUCGCCAGACCUUGCAGGACAUUGUCUCAGUACAGAGGGAUUUCAGUGUAGAACCUGCCCAAUCAGAACCUUUCUCCCUGCGCUACCAGACGGGGGAGCUGCGAGUGGAGAAAUCAGACAGCAGUACUUUUAAGCUUGUGCUGUCUCACGCCCACCCCCAGGACUCCGGCACCUACCACUGCACUGCGGCCCAGUGGAUCCAAGAUCCAGACGGGACCUGGCAGAGCAUUGCAGAGAAAAGAUCUGUCUUGGCUGAAGUCACCAUCCAGACCAUUGAGUCACAGCUGAAAGUGUCGUCGGGCCCCCGGGAGCUGACUAUCAAUUCUGGGGACGUGCUCGAAAUGUGGUGCGAUGUGUCCCUUUCCGCUCGGCAACCCCCGGAUGUUCUAUUUGCUGUCGAGUGGCUCAUGAAAGCCACCGAGGAUGCCCCGGAGCAGCUGGUAGCGAUGCUUAGCCACAAUGGCUUGGUGACUCUGGCUGGGCGCUACACUGGGGACGAGGGGGGCACCCGGCACAUCUCCCUAGAGAAACUGCCACCCUUACCUGGCACUUACCGACUCCGUAUCCAUUCGGCCCAGCCAGGGGACGUGGGAAUGUACAGUUGCCGUGUCAAAGCGUUGGUGUCCCACGCUGGCUCCAGACUGGAAGAAGUGGCGCAGAAAGUUGCCCCGAGUGUGGGGGUCUCAAUUAGGACACAGGACGUAUCACUGGGUGCCCGCACCACCCUGCAAUCGCCCACACUACACCGCGGGGACACCGCCAUUCUGCUGUGCAACGUUACCGUGGAUACGCCUCAGUCUGUUCACACUGCAGUCACCUGGUGGGCGGAGCUCCCCGGGGAGAAUCCAGAAGAGACCUCAGGCCGAUUAGUAGCCUCAGUGAACCGCGAGGGUGUGUCUGAUUCAUGGUUCCGCCCAUUUGGGGAUGAGCUGAGUACAGACAAGGUGGGGCCUGGGUGCUACCGACUGCGCAUGUACAACAUCCAGGCAGAGGAUGAAGGCAAAUAUUACUGUGCUGUCACUGCCUGGCUCCAGUAUCCCGAUCUGAGCUGGUACAAUGCGGCCACUGCAAGGUCCAACUCCAUCACUCUCUAUUCCUAUGCUCGGGCCAAGGACUUGCUGCUUAUUCCAAUGGUUGCUGGGGUGGCUAGUGCCCUGUUUGUGGGCAUCUUCAUUCUUGCUACUGUGACCUGCUGCUACAUGAGACACCUCAGGGGCCGCAAGAGAUGAACUGGGGCCAAAACAGAACCCCCUGAGUCUGGAGCAGUGAUUUUUGCUAAUGAGAAGUCAUUUAUUGACAGCACUUGUACAUUACCCCACUCCAACUGCACAGCCUCUGCCAUUCCCGGCCUCCCUGACAUAAUAUAUACCACUCCAACUGCACAGCCUCUGCCAUUCCUAUCCUCCCUGCCAUGUAAUAUAUACAACUGCACAGCCUCUGCCAUUCCUAUCCUCCCUGAUAUAAUAUAUACCACUCUGACUGCACAGCCUCUGCCAUUCCCAGCCUCCCUGACAUAAUAUAAUAUAUACAACUCCGACUGCACAGCCUCUACCAUUCCCAGCCUCCCUGACAUAAUAUAAUAUAUACAACUCCAACUGCACAGCCUCUAUCAUUCCCAACCUCCCUGCCAUGUAAUAUAUACAACUGCACAGCCUCUGCCAUUCCUAUCCUCCCUGACAUAAUAUAUACCACUCCAACUGCACAGCCUCUGCCAUUCCCAGCCUCCCUGCCAUGUAAUAUAUACAACUGCACAGCCUUUGCCAUUCCUAUGCUCCCUGACAUAAUAUAUAUCACUCCGACUGCACAGAUUCUGCCAUUCCCGGCCUCCCUGACAUAAUAUAAUAUAUACCACUCUGACUGCACAGCCUCUACCAUUCCCAGCCUCCCUGCCAUGUAAUAUAUACAACUGCACAGCCUCUGCCAUUCCCUGGCCUCCCUGACAUAGUAUAUACAGUUCCGACUGCACAGCCUCUGCCAUUCCCAGCCUUCCUGCCAUGUAAUAUAUAGCACUCCAACUACACAGCCUCUGCCAUUUAAUAUAUACCACUCCAACUGCACAGCCUCUGCCAUUCCCUGGCCUCCCUGACAUAGUAUAUAUAGUUCCGACUGCACAGCCUCUGCCAUUCCCGGGCCUCACUCACAUAAUAUAUACAACUCCGACUGCACAGCCUCUGCCAUUCCCUGGCCUCCCUGCCAUGUAAUAUAUACCACUCCAACUGCACAGCCUUUGCCAUUCCCGGGCCUCACACAUAAUAUAUACCACUCCGACUGACAGCCUCUGCAAUUCCCAGGCCUCCCUGCCAUGUUAAAUAUACCACUCUGACUGCACAGCCUCUGCCUUUCCUGGGCCUCCCUGACAUAAUAUAUACAACUCCGACUGCACAGCCUCUGCCAUUCCCUGGCCUCCCUGCCAUGUAAUAUUACCACUCCGACUGCACAGCCAUUUCUAGUUCUCGGCUGAAUGGAUACUCUACCUGUGAAUUGGACACAUAGUGCUGUAAUAUGAAGGAUCAAUUUAAGAUAUUUCAUUUCAUUAGUGGAUGCUGUAAAAUAUUAACCUGCAGGCUGUUUCCGAGAAGCUCAGACUGUUUGUGCAUAGUGACUCUACAGGAGGCCUUCACUGCUCAAAGCGACAAUACAGGAGGCCUUCACUGCCCGUAGUGACUCUACAAGAGGCCUUCACUGCCCGUAGUCACUCUACAAUAGGCCUUCACUGCCCGUAAUGACUCUACAAUAGGCCUUUACUGCCCGUAGUGACUCUAUAUGAGGCCUUCACUGCCCAUAGUGACUCUACAAAGGCCUUCACUGCCCGUAGUGACUCUACAAUAGGCCUUCACUGCCCAUAGUAACUCUACAAAGGCCUUCACUGCCCGUAGUGACUCUACAAAGGCCUUCACUGCCCGUAGUGACUCUACAUGAGGCCUUCACUGCCCAUAGUGACUCUACAAGAGGCCUUCACUGCCCAUAGUAACUCUACAAAGGCCUUCACUGCCCGUAGUGACUCUACAAGAGGCCUUCACUGCCCGUGGUGACUUUACAAGAGGCCUUCACUGCCCGUAGUGACUUUACAAGGGGCCUUUACUGCCCACAGCUACAAGAGGCAUCUGUACACUGUACAAGAGAGCAGCUCUAUAAAAAUAUUAAUUAAUUUACCCAUUCUGAUUAAUCUACAAGGCUUGACUUUAUAAGAGGGGUCCUGUCAACCACCCACAGCAGCUCUCUAAUCCCACUCUGGGAUUGUUUGAGCAGAAUAGAAGCUGUAUACAAGGUCUCCAGUCAAUCAGCCAUAAUAGGGCCUCCACUCCUUUGCACAUAGCAGUUCUUGGUGCAAUCUCCAAUCAACUGCUCCCAAACCAUUCCAUUAUCUGUGCAUGCACAUCAUCACUGACCUAUAGUAAGCCACUGCAUAUUGGACCUUGGCAUAUUUCCCAAGUCUGUUCGGGCAGCUAUUUUUGUACAUGUUUUACAAGGGAUAGUCUACACUUGGGUGACGUGAAUAUUUCAAUGAAGGAAAGUCCAUAAGCUGUAGAAGAAUAUGCCGCUUGGGACCUUUAGUCUCAUAUUAAUACUAUUGUGCUCCCCAUGUAAAAGGGUGAGGCCUGUUGUAUGGCACAUAGCAUGUUGAAUGUCUUUUUGGGGCUCACCUUCACUAGAAGCACAUUGGGUACAUGGAUCUGCACUGUUUGUGGCCCCUGUACCAGCCUAUUCUUCUUAUGGUGUGACGGUUUUUGUAGAUUUGUUCUUUCUAAGGUUGUCCUAGUCCCUAUUGGUAAUUGGUGUGUCUUUCUUAUCUGCUGAAUAGACUUGACUUGCUCAGCCUGAAUAUACGGACCAUGGCAAGCAAGUAGUUGGCAGUUGGUGCUUUUCUGUCAUGUGGAGUUCACCAACCUUCUCAUUGUGCUUGGUGUAUUUUUUUUAUUUUUCCCAAGGUCUUUUAUGCCCAUUCUUGGUACUUGGCGUGGCCAUCUUAUCUCUCUUUGGUUGUGUCCCUCUCCCUAAAGUUCUUCUUACCCUCUCUUGGUACUUGGCUUGUCCAUCUAAUCUCUCUUUAGUUGUUUCCCCCUCCCUAAGGUUCUCCUUACCCUCUCUUGGUUCUCAGUGUUGUUCUUUUUUCUGAGGUUCUACAUACUCUCUUGGUACUUGGUUUGUCCAUCUUACCUCCCUUGGGUACCCCACCCUUCUAUUUAUAUUUGUUAUCCGCCCUCCAAGGUUCCCCUUAGUCUUUUUCGGUACUUGAGGCAUUCUUGUGCCUAAUAUGCCUCAUAUCCUUUAUUGACACAUGGAACUUGGCACAUCCCCAUUAUGCCGCUGUUCUAUCAUCCUACUACUUAGAUGUAAGAUUUUCUGUUUUUGUUCCCCAUUGGGUUUUGUUCUGUGAAUCGGUUUAGAAUUGUUAUUGGAAUGAGUUUAUUACACCAUAUCCUUUGCAUGUGCCCCGCCUUAAUCUGAGUUCCCAUUGUUUUUCUCUGAGCUCCACCUCCUUCAGCCCUUUUCCCAUCACCAAAUAAUUCCUGGAGCUGGAGCUAUUUCCAUCAUUCUUCAUUCCAUGUAGGGGUGAGUGCAGGGGGAUGUGGGAGCAAUACAGGUUAGUGGAAUCCAUGUAUUGGGUUGGGAUGGAUUACUUGAAACCACAUGUUUGUUUAUUGAGAUUUGUUGUGUUAAUUGUAAUUUGAUUUGUUUUUUUAUUACAAUGUAGAAAAGAAAUGCUGAUGCGGAUUAUGUAUAUGUAUGAUUUUGUUCUUCCCCACCACUGAUCCCUUUAUAAUGGGCUUGCCACUUGUGUCCUACCCCUGAGGAACCAGCCAGAGGGACUGUGGAACCAAAGCACUUAGACCCAUCACCCUUACAGCAUCCCCCUGCAAGGGUCUUGAGCAUUUGUGUGUGUGUGGCCCCUGAGAUGCUGUGCAACCUUAAUGUAUUCUGGACUAAAACACUAGCUUGUGUGUACAAUCCAUAUUGCUGAGGGCACAGUAACAUGGGGCUUUGUCUCUUUGAAUGUAAAUGCUGAUUUCUGGGCCAUGUAAUAAAUCUCUCGUAUGUGUCUAA